AUGGCACAUGGGCUGUGGAUUCAUUUCUCUCCAUGUGUUGUUUCAGACAAAGUGGUGAAGAAAGGCAAGAAGGACAAAAAGACCAAGAAGUCGUUCUUUGAAGAGUUGGCUGUGGAGGAGAAACAAGUCAGCGAGCAGCAGGCCGUCCUUAAAGAGAAGGAGCAGCAGCAGCAACAGCUUCAACAACAGAAAAAGAAACGGGAGAAGAAGAAGGAGAAGAAGAAGAAGGACGCGGAAGACGAUGAGGAAGAGCACCAGCUGAUCGAGAAGCUGAAGAAGCUGUCGGCUCAGGGCAGCGAUGAGGAGGAAGAGGGUGAGGCAGGGAGGCGCGUGUUUGGGUUCUAUUUCGUGCCCUGCGAUGUGGUACAUGGUGGGGAACGCCCGGCGUGGUGGGCGCAGAAGAAGAAGGGAGGGAAUGUGUUUGCCGCCCUGAGCCAGGAGCAAAGCGAGGAGGAGGAGGAGGAGGAAGAGGAGACACCGAGACCGGCCAAACCCAGCAAGAACAAGAUCAGCAAGGUCCCACCUGAUGACGAAGAGGAGAAGCAGCCAGAGAAGAAAAUAAUAAAGGAUGACAAGCCAAAAGGAAAACAGGGGUCUGCCUGGAGACAGCGGGGCGGGGCGUCUGGGCUGGGUCAGGUGGAGUCAGAGACGCCGCGUCUCACCGGGGAAGGAUGUGCUGUGUGCUCUCGGCAGGAGGAGGAGGACGAUAAAAAGAAGAAGAGCAGGAAAAACGAGAAGAACAAAGGAAGGCAGCAGGGAGGAGGCGCAGGGUUUGCUGUUCUGGCCCAGAGCGAGGAAGAGGAGGAGAGCGAAGAGGAACCUAAAUUGAAACCCAAAGGCAAAGCGAGCAAGGCUGGGAAUAAACAAGCGGAGUCUGGUCCAGAGAGGAAAAAAACAAAAGGAAAAAAGAAUCAACCAACCCAGAACAAAUUUGCUGCCCUGGAGUCGGAGGAGGAGCUGGAGGAAGACGAGGAGGAGCCGGAGAAGCCCAAGGACAAGUCCAAACGAGGCAGCGAGCCGCAGUCGGAAGAGGAUGAGGAGGACGAGGGGGAGAGGAAGGAGGACGACCCCUACGCUCACCUCAGCAAGAAGGAGAAGAAAAAACUCAAGAAGCAGNGGGAGUUCGAGCGGCAGGUGGCAACGCUGAAGGCGGCCAGUGCGGCGGAGAACGACUUCUCGGUGUCGCAGGCAGAGAUCUCCUCGCGCCAGGCCAUGCUGGAGAAUGCCUCCGACAUCAAGCUGGAGAAGUUCAGCAUCUCAGCCCACGGCAAGGAGCUCUUCGUCAAUGCAGACCUGUACAUCGUGGCCGGGCGUCGGUACGGCCUGGUGGGACCCAACGGGAAGGGCAAAACCACCCUGCUGAAGCACAUCGCGAACCGGGCCCUGAGCAUCCCCCCCAACAUUGACGUGCUGCUCUGUGAGCAAGGUACAGGGAGGGACUGGCAGACAGGAUCCCUGGGCGUGAGGUCUAGUGGAACCCGGAUCUCCCAGCGCAGUGCCCUAACCACAGCCCCUCUUAACCUCUCUCUCUCUGCCGCAGUGACCUUCAAGAAGAUGUACCAGCAGAAGCAGAAAGAGCUGCUCAAACAGUAUGAGAAACAGGAGAAGAAACUGAAGGACCUGAAGGCGGGUGGGAAGUCGACAAAACAGGCGGAGAAGCAAACCAAGGAGGCGCUGACGCGAAAGCAGCAGAAAUGCCGCAAGAAGAACCUGGAUGAAGAGGCGAACGAGGCCCCCGAGUUGCUGAAGAGGCCCAGGGAGUACACCGUGAAAUUCACCUUUCCCAAUCCGCCGUUGCUGAGCCCCCCCAUUCUGGGCCUGCACGGUGUCGUGUUUGGCUACGAGGGACAUCCGCUGCUGUUCAAGAAUCUGGAUUUUGGGAUCGACAUGGAGUCGAGAAUCUGCAUCGUGGGGCCCAACGGCGUGGGGAAGAGUACGCUGCUGCUGCUGCUGACGGGGAAGCUGACACCGGUAAGGGGCCCCCUCUUGUGACACCCGCCCCCCCAUCCAGAGUUAACCCAAACUCAUCUGAUUCUGAAAAUCGGCUUCUUUAACCAGCAAUACGCCGACCAGCUGAACAUGCAGGAGACAGCGACCGAGUACCUGCAGCGCAACUUCAACCUGCCCUACCAGGACGCCCGCAAGUGCCUGGGGCGCUUCGGCCUCGAGAGCCACGCCCACACCAUCCAGAUCUGCAAGCUGUCGGGGGGCCAGAAGGCUCGCGUGGUCUUUGCCGAGCUGGCCUGCAGGGAACCCGACGUCCUUAUCCUGGACGAACCCACCAACAAUCUGGACAUCGAGUCCAUUGACGCCCUGGCCGACGCCAUCAAUGAGUACAAGGGGGCCGUCAUUGUCGUGAGCCACGAUGCCCGGCUGAUCACGGAGACCAAUUGCCAGUUGUGGGUGGUGGAGGAGCAGAGCGUCGAGCAGAUCGACGGCGACUUCGACGACUACAAGCGCGAGGUGCUGGAGGCCCUGGGCGAAGUCAUCAUCAACCGGCCUCGAGAGUGAGGCAGGAGGCGGGGCCUCCCCAAGCUCCUCCCACCCGAUGGACUCACCAGUCACCCGCUCGCAGCAGGACUUGGGUGUAGAGAGAUGGGGGUGGGUUCCUCUCCCCCCCCCCACUCCCUUUCUGGGGAGGGGCACCGAUUAUUUAUAGGAGGGGGUGGGAGUUUGUAUUGAUUUGUAUUGGAACGGUGUAUUCUGGCCCAGGCAGGGGAGGGGUCUGUACCCCAUUACUGGACUUUCUCAUCCCCCCCAACUGCUCCAAGGGUGGGUUGAGCCUUGUUCUGCUUCCAUUUGACAGGAGUCAAUAAAAACAGGAAGGAAACAA